UGGGGUUAGCAACCGAUAUCACAAAGCAAUACGUGUACUAAUUAUUUAAUGGAAGCUACUUUGCCCUAUAAACUUUCAUCUAAAGCACAAUAAAAUAAAUAAAUAAAAAUGAAAGUGCAACAACGCGGUGACACCUGACAAAGGCCAGAUGGGAAGAGCAGCAAGUACGGGGGACAGGCACUGUCGCUUACUAGGUGGGAAGAGCAGCAGGUACACGGGACAGGCAUUGUCCCUUACCAGGUGGGAAGAGCAGCAGGGACAGAGGGGCAGGCACUGUCCCUUACCAGGUGGGAAGAGCAGCAGGGACAGAGGGGCAGGCACUGUCCCUUACCAGGUGGGAAGAGCAGCAGGGACAGAGGGGCAGGCACUGUCCCUUACCAGGUGGGAAGAGCAGCAGGGACAGAGGGGCAGGCACUGUCCCAUACCAGGUGGGAAGAGCAGCAGGGACAGAGGGGACAGGCACUGUCCCUUACCAGAAGUCUGGUGGGCAGGAGCAAAGUCUAAAUUUGGGGAAUCCUGAAUUCUCAGCAGGGAGGGAGGUCUGACUCAGAUCAUCUCCAAUCUGAAGACACAGGACCAGUGAGGCAACCCAGAAUCUCUCAGGUUCUAUCUUAAAUACCAGCUGUGCCUUUGUACGGUUAAUAACUUGGACAUUGAACCCUGAAGAACUUACAUGGUGGCCCUGUAGUGCUCUCAAAACUUAGGUAAACAUGUGCCACAUGUCUUACAUUUGUGGGUAUUUAAAUAACACUUCAAAAUACGUUUCUGGCAUUCCACAUGUGAUCCACGUUUAUUUUCCCUGGGUUUCCUUGGUUUCCCCCUUCUCACAUAAUUUUGAAUUUUAACAACUGGUCAACAAUAGAAAAGCACGGUCUAGAAACGUAUUUGCUGCUCCGACUUUAUCUUAGACACUCUGCUAGGCAGAAGUAAAGGCAGGACCAUUUUUUGUUUAAUCUUCUCAUAACUAAGGUCACUUAGCCAACAGUGUGUGGUUUGUUUCAGGUUUUAAAACAUUGUUUGCAACUUCUACAUUAAUAAAACAAUUGUGAGCUUUAAUGGACAAAACCCACUGGACUUCUUUCAUCUUGGCCCGCGAGGUUAAGUGAGAAGUGGCUGCUGUUAGACACGGGCAGCUUAACUUUGGUGUCCGUGGACGGCUGUGGUUGUGGAAUGAAAACUGUUGCACUUCUGGGGACCUGUAGCCAACUGGGGCCUUCCCAUUGCUGCCAUCAGUGACAUGAAGAAGUCCCCAGAGAUCAUCAGUGGUCGGAUGACAUUUGCUCUCUGCUGUUACUCUCUGACAUUCAUGAGGUUUGCCUACAAGGUCCAGCCUCGGAACUGGCUCCUGUUUGCGUGCCACGCGACCAACGAGGUGGCCCAGAUCAUCCAGGGAGGUCGGCUCAUCAGACACGAGAUGAGUAAAAAGGCCUCCGCGUAGCAGUGGGAAGUGAGGCCUGCUCUCUGCAGGGACAGCAUUGCCACAUUGCCGCCACCACUGCCGGGUCACAGAUUCCACGUCAUGAAUAGUCUCACCGAGGAAAAACGGGCUGUGUGCUAUUUCUCCUAACCAGGCUGUUUUUCUAGAAAUAGCUGAGAGUACCUAAACCACUCUCUGCUGCCUUACAAGUACUGAAUAUUUCACUUCUCUUCAUAAAGAGUAGCUCAGAAUAUGCAAGCAACUUCAUAAUUCCCACUGAUGGUUUUAGCUGCAGUAAUAUGUAUAUUAUCUGUUAGCAUUUACUUCAUGAAAACGGACAAGAACAAAAUGUGUCACUACUGCACUCGGAAUUUUUGCCUUUAAUGAUCAUGAGACAACCAGUAGCUCAUCACAUACCUAAAAUCUUAUUCCCAGCAUUGGAAAAAGUUAUCUGUGUAUUUCCACGCAGUGUGUAUAUUGAAAUGCUGUAACUUAAUGACAAUAAAUGAUUUAAAGAUUUGCUAA